GUCGUAGUUUGUCAAUUUUCUAAAAAGAAGUGAUAAAUUAAAAGACAAAAGAAAUUUUUUGAUUCCAACGUUUCAAAACCCUAAACCCUAGCCAAUCCCUGUUUCCGACGUUCGAAGUGAUUCGUAGCUUCAGAGCUCUGACGAUUUCGAGAUUUUCGAACGGAUCUCUCACGUCGAAGGUGGAGGUGCAAGAAACGGUAUGGAAGUAGAAAGAGUAGAUGGCCGUAAAGCCAACCAGCUAAGACCACUCACUUGUUCUCGGAAUGUUCUUAACCGUGCUCAUGGCUCCGCCAGUUGGUCUCAAGGGGAAACAAAAGUCCUUGCUGCAGUUUAUGGGCCGAAGGCAGGAACCAAGAAGAAUGAAAAUCCUUUAAAGGCUUGCAUUGACGUCACCUGGAAGCCCAAGACCGGGCAGAUUGGAAAACCGGAGAAGGAGCAUGAGAUGAUAUUGAAAAGGACUUUGCAAAGCAUAUGCCUUUUGACUGUCAACCCAAACACUACAACGUCAGUUAUAAUUCAGGUUGUCAAUGAUGAUGGCGCUCUUCUUGUAUGUGCAAUAAAUGCUGCUUGUGCUGCCCUUGUAGAUGCUGGGAUUCCUUUGAAGCAUCUUGCAGUUGCAAUAUGUUGUUGUCUGACAGAAAAUGGGUAUGUUAUUCUGGACCCCAACAAACAUGAAGAACAGAAAAUGAAAGCAUUUGUCUAUCUGGUUUUCCCGAACUCGAUUCACGCUGUCCUUCCAGAAGGAUCAUUGCAGGUGGGGAAAGAACCAAUGGAACAUGGGAUAAUCACAUCUGUGACGCAUGGUGUAAUGUCAGUGGAAAAUUAUCUUCAGUGCAUGGAACGAGGGCGUGCUGCGUGUGCAAAGUUGUCGGAUUUUCUCAGGAGAAGCUUGCAGACACAGGUCCCAAGUGGCUCUCCCAAGGCUGGGUGAUGCCGUUGUCCGGCAGCAAGGGGCGCGGAAACAAGGGAACAAAGUGACAGAAAACAAGGAAAUAUGAAAGACAGAAAACUUGCAAUGUGAGAACGGGAUCAAGAUCCCAAACCCGAACCCAAACUUUGGAAAAAAGGAGCAUGCUUUGAGCAUUUUGGGCACAAGUAACAAUUCUUGAUGAUCCUAUAGAAAAAGUUAUUUAAUAUACUAAAAGAAAAGUUAAAUUUGUUUUAAGUUUCAUUAUGUGCGCGCGCGCGCGCGCACGUAAUCGUAUGGUGCUUGAAUAAUGGAUAAGUGAGAAUAUAUUGGAAAUGUUAUUUUUAUGUUUUGAUAAUAUCAACCUUUUUUUUUCUUUUUA